AUGAUGGUGGUGAUGGUUGUAUGCAUUGCCCCAGAAACUGGCAGCUCUCUCCCUCCUGCCUCCUCCUCCCCCGCCCUAUAUCCUGCUGCUGAACUGCAAAUCUCGGAACGAAAGGAAGGGGGGCAUGCAGACAUCUGUGGAGACCGGCUCGGACAACAUGGGGCCUCCAAGAUCAAGAGAUCGAAGAAGCAACCUCGUGUUAGAAGGCUGAAGAACCAGACAGAUACUGCUGCAAGGGGAAGAAACAAGUGCAUGCAGCCGGGCUGCACAACUUUAGCUUCAUAUGGAGAUAUCUCAAACAAAGUUGCGGUAGCAUGCGCAAAACACCGGAAAGAAGGACAUGUUGAUGUGAAGAAUCGGAGAUGUUCUGCUAUCCUCUGGGACGGAUCGCAAUGCACAAAACUUCCGACCUUUGCCCUCCCGCACGAGAGGAUACCUCGUCAGUCUGCCGGCAAGCUCGUGUUGUGUCGUGACAUGGUAGCAGGAUGCUGUCUACUGCACUCGCCACCGGGCUACGUGAACGUGAAGAGAAAUGGCAAGAGAAAAGUGAGACGAUGCCAGGCCAUUGAUUGCAACAAGGUCGCGUCCUUCGGGAACAUGGUUCAAGACGUGAGAGACAAGAGGAAGGGAGGCGUAAAAGUCCAAGGGCUCGGACAUGCUCGCCUGCUCUGCCACGAACACAAGGAGGUCGUCUUUGUUCUGAGAAGAUUUCUGUCCGCUUUUGGCCAGUCGUUUGCCUCCCAGCUUGCACAGGAGAUGGAGCAAGAAUGGAUGAACAACAGGAACAACUUCAUCAGGCAGUCAUGCAGCCAUCAGAAGACUUUCUCUUCCUUUCACCAACGAAACAACAAAGAGGACUGGAUCCACUCCCAAGACCUCUGGUGGCAACUUCAAGAAGCGGCUCACUGGGAUUUCGAGGGAGCGAUGAACGGCUGCUCCUUUUCUGAGCCGAACUCGAUCACCAACUACGUGUGGAUGCAUCCCGAGAGCAUGUGGAGACCCACGUGGGACGCGGGAAAGACGCAGGAGGAGGAGGAGGAGGAGGAGGAAGAGGAGGAGAAGGGAAGGCAAUCGGACGAAAAGCUUCCUCUUUUGCUACAUCCUCCUCCUCCCCCUUCUGCUGUGGUGCAAGAGGAGUGGGAAUUGCCUUUGAGGUGA